AAACUUGGUCAGCUUAUUUGCAUGGGCCGAAGAGCGGAUUCUUGGACUUCUGUCACAUAAAUACAUGCAUGUUCCGCAGUCUUCUCAUCGAAGGUUCCGGGAAGAAACUCAGUACGAUAAACAACCCGCAGAACUUAAUCAUCUCUGUGUACAACUCAAGCCUUGGGAGCUUUUGGGUUCAGACUGAGAUCGAAGAAGCUCAGUGAGCAUGUCUCUCGCCGGGGCGCGCAACCUGCUUUCUCAGUGGUUCCCGCCACAACCGACCUACACCGAGCAACACGUCCCAUCUCAGAAAGGGAAAGUAUUCAUCGUCACAGGCGGCAACCAUGGGAUUGGUUUCGAGCUCGUCAAGAUUCUAUAUGCGACUGGUGCCAAGAUCUACAUGGCAUCGCGAUCCAAGGAACGCGCUGAGAAAGCGAUAGAGACCGUCACAACCGCCACACCAGGACCCUCAACACCCGGCACAAUAGUCUUCCUCCCCUUUGAUCUAAACGACCUCGAAAGCAUUAAAGCAGCCGCAUCUCUUUUUGCACAGAAGGAGUCCCAACUUCAUAUCCUCUGGAACAACGCUGGCUCGGGCGCAUACAGAGUAGAAGAAGGCGCCAAGACGAAGCAAGGCCUUGAACCCAUGGUCGGCAUGCACUGUGUCGCUGCGCAACUAUUCACCCAUCUGCUCCUACCUCAACUCCGGGAAGCUGCGAAAUCACAUGCGGCUGCAAAAAGCGCGGUCCGUGUUGUAUGGACUGCGAGCUUCAUGGCGGAAUUGACAACUCCCCAAAACGGCAUUGACUUUGACCUCCUUGAAAAGGGUACGUCAGACCGCGAGCUGAACUAUGCUGUUUCCAAAUUUGGCAAUUGGCUUCUCGGCCGCGAGAUGGCUUCUCGAUAUGGUUCCGAAAAUAUUGUCAGCGUCAUACAAAACCCUGGCAACUUGAAAGCUGGUGCCUACGAUGGAGUCCCAGCAUUUUCAAUGUUCUUUAUCAACCGCCUCCUGUACGAGACAAAGUUCGGUGCGUAUACCGAGCUGUAUGCAGGACUGUCUUCAGAUGUCUCACUUGCCAACAAUGGCGCAUAUGUCAUUCCCUGGGGACGCAUUCGUCUUGACGAAGAUAUCCCAAGAAAGGACAUUGCCAAGGCCUUGAAACCCGAGACGGAAGGGGGCCUUGGUUAUGCUACCAAGUUCUGGGACUGGUGCGAGGAACAAUGGAAGCCAUUUAUGUGAUCUUCGAAUCGAUAGAAUCUGUUUGUUUAUCUCUAUCUCAGCGCCCCUCACACUGUCGAUGAUGAAAUGGGAGACACGCGGGAGAUAUCCGUACAGCUGUUCUGUGCUGUGGACAUGGAUUCUGUUCUGCCUCCAAAAAUGCCAACACUGCCUUGCCUGUGAACAACGGACCCAUCACACUUUACUUACCUCAUUGUGCCUUACAAUCUUUCCAAGACGUUCCGUUGCUGAUGACGAUUUCCUGCAUGGCUCGCCCUGGUCCAUGGUUGCGGAAACCUGCAUGGGAACGGGGCAAGAUCGGGCCCGGACCCGGACAUGUGGAUAGGCGG